AUGGAUUUGAUCCGCCGGGCUGGGAAGGCCCUCUCUGGCCCUCCGCCGCUCCCAACCGCAGACGAAAAGCUCCACAAGUCAAAAUCACAACCCGGCAGGUUAUGGUCACGCUUGGCCUUCUUCCGGAGACCACUCCGUCUCAAGGGCAAUUCCGCCAUCUCGAUACCUCUGGGCGUCGUGAUACUCUUCCCCCUGAUCGUUGUCAUCCUCAUCCUUGUCCUCUUUGUCAGGCAUCCCAACUCUGCUGGGAGGAUAUUGAUGCCGGCCGGGGCUCCUCCGGCCAUCAGGAAAAUCAGUGAGAAAUACGACAAGGUCUUCGUCGAAGGCUGCUUGGAACCCGACACGUCCAAGCCCAGGGCCAACGGUGCCUUCGUCGUCCUGGCCAGGAACAAGGAGCUGGACGGCGUCAUCCAGUCCGUCAAGUCCAUCGAGCGCCACUUCAAUCGCUGGUACCAUUACCCCUAUGUCUUCCUCAACGAUGGCGACUUCAACCAGACCUUCAAGGACACCAUCAAGAACUACACGUCCGCCCCCGUCGAGUUCGGCAAGGUCGGCCCUGACAUGUGGGGUUUCCCGGACUGGAUCGACCCCAAGGUCGCCAAGGAAGGCAUCGCGAAGCAGGGCGACGCCGCCGUCAUGUACGGCGGCCUUGAGAGUUACCACGCCAUGUGCAGGUUCUACUCUGGCUUCUUCUACAAGCACCCCCUCCUCGCCAAGUACGAGUGGUACUGGCGUCUGGAGCCCGAGAUCAGCUACUUUUGUGACAUCACCUAUGAUCCCUUCCUGGCCAUGAUCGAGGCCAACAAGACAUACGGCUUCACCAUUGCUGUCAAAGAGCUCCGAGAAACCGUGCCCAACAUCUGGCGCUACGCCUCCGCCUACAAGCGCAUGAACAACCUGACCUCCAAGGGCCUGUGGGAGAUGUUCGUCGAGCCCAAGCCGGAGCCCGAGCGCAACGAGCCUCCGCAAGACCCAGAGACGCCGCCGCUGCCCGAGGAGAUCCUGCGCUCCGAGCCUGGCCGUAACGGCCUGCCCGAGAUAGACCCUGAGGCCAUGGAGGGCGAGAGCUACAACAUGUGCCACUUCUGGUCCAACUUCGAGAUCGCCCGCCUGAGCUUCUUCAGGAGCAAGGAAUACGAGGACUUCUUCGAGAUGAUGGACCGCAGCGGUGGCUUCUGGAUGGAACGUUGGGGUGAUGCGCCCAUCCACUCGCUCGCCGCCGGUGCCCUGCUGUCCCCGCGCGACAUCCACUACUUCCGCGACUUUGGGUACCGACACACGACCAUCCAGCAUUGCCCUGCCAACGCGCCUCUUGGGCGCCAACUGCCUCGGCAGCCGUACCUCGAGAAAACGACGACGGACGAGCGCAAGCGAUUCGAGGAGGACGACUACUGGGAGCACUGGGACCCGCCCAAGGAGAACGGCGUGGGCUGCCGGUGCCGCUGCGACACCGAUAUCGUCGACGUAGAAGGCAAGGAGGGCAGUUGUAUGGCCGAGUGGGUUGACGUCGCCGGCGGAUGGGCCAGCCCUUAG